AUGAAUGCGGCGGAACGCACAGGUUGUGCAGCCGGUAUCACCAAACUCUUCGAUUCUUGGUGGCCUAGUCGACCUGCGGUGCGCCAUUCACCUGAGGAGCUUCCGCAAGUUUGCAAGUUUGCUUCCUUGUGCGAUGCCAGAGUAGCCAACGCACCGAAGCUGCAGGAUGACGCGCGUCUUGAUUCCUGCAAGCAGGUGCUGCCGAACAGCAGCAGGCUACUAAAUGCUGAAAACUUUGCAGCCGGCGAUUUUGUCGUGCUUGGAAACGAUGUACAUGCAGAAUAUCGGGGUGCUGCAGCAGUUGUCCUCGAUGUCACACCAAUUGAUUGCAUGGUGGCCGUGUUGGAUCCGUCGCGAACUUUCAAGAUCGGGGAGUGCCAAGCAGCAUUCCGCGCGUUGCAGACGAUUCACAGAGACUGGCGCCUGGGAACUCGCCACAUUAUUGGCGGCUUGCAGAGCAGCAAGAUGCAGCAUCUCAACGGCUUGACUGCUACCGUUCGAGAGCAUCGUCGAUAUGGUCAUCCAUGCUUCUUGCCAAAGCCGGAGGGAGACAGCAAGCUGAGGCUCUGCGUGAGAUGGGAAACGACAGAGACAGGCGCCGCUUGUGCUUCAGGCGCUUUGCUUCUGGAGCCACGCUUUCUGGCUUUGUAUCUCAAGAACUUACAAGACACCUCGACCUCGCGACGCCACGACACUGUACUCAGUGAGCGUAUUCCAGAAGAAGCUGCACCCUCUCGCACUUUGCUCACAUCGAAACGGUGUGCAUGUCCCCCAGCGUCCGUUGAGGGAAAGGUCCGGCUGGAGCUGUCCUCCAGUUUGCAAGCAAUUGAAGAGAUGGAGCCCACGUCAAACCUCAUGUCGAAGGUCGAAGGUCCAAUGCCAUGUCGGCCAAUUCCAACUUGCACUGGCGGUUUUCUGGCAAUGCUGUCCUGGCUUGUUGGAGCGCAUACGCGACACGUGGAGGAGGAGUUUCCGACAGUGAUCCGCUUGUCAUCUGUCUUGGCCGCCACUGAUCCACCACCUCGUGAGCGGCUGUCAUGGCUGCUGCCUAUAGCCGAGAUGAGUACAGGUGCAGAUGAAGCAGAUUCCGAACUCGUUUCUGAGCUCACCGGCAGUAUUCAACCAUUUCAUGAGCUGGAGCCAGGCGAUCUUGUGAUGCUGGACUGCACUCAAUCUUCGAAAUUCAGUUUGUGCCCAGCAGUGGUCACAGGUGUCGACAUACCAAACUGCACGCUCGCGGUUCUGGACGACUCAAGAAGCAUUUUUGUCCGUGAGUGUCGAGCAAACCUUGGAGAAGUCAUUCCAGUACACUCCGAGUGGCGGCUGGGCACACAUGUUGUUCUGGGCGGCCUGCAGAGCAGAGCCUUGGAGAAGCUUCGGUAG